CUUUCAGAAGCACAGAGCUGAUCUGGAUAAAUAAGAGACUAAAGAUGGCGACGGUGGAGGAUUCAUGGGGACAAAUUCGGAUCCAAAACUUCCCUUUGGAAAACUGAGUCCAGCGGUCCAGUCGCGCACUGAGAACCGCAAAACCCCGCGACACCGAGCUGAGACCCGCUUCCGUGUCUGUGGCUCCAUUACGUGGUUUUUAUGUAAACAUUGUCGAUUGCAGUAACCAAAUAAAGCGGAAUUUGGACUCGGAUCAUCCGAACCCACACCGAAUCCAGCCGAGAUGAUCCCUGACUGAACACGCACCGAGUCCGUGUGUAAGUGUAGUUCGGUUCUGGUGCAUGGAGGCCGCUGGAGGGAGUCUGCCCGCCCCGGUGUCGCAGUGAUUUGGGUCAGAACACCGGAUCGUGAUGUAUUUUCUGAGCGGCUGGCCGCGGAGGCUCCUCUGCCCGCUCCGGAGCGGCGAACGGCCCUUUCUGGUCGAGCCCAGCGCGCAACGCUUCUUCCUAGCCGUGCUGUCCGAGACCCAGAUCAGCAUCUGGUUCAGCAGGCCCAGCGUGUUGAUCGUCAGCUAUAUUGAGUCUGGGAAAGCGGCCGCUCAGUUCGGCUUCUAUCAGCAGGUGGAGUGGAAACCCGACGACUCCAUGAUCGCAGUAGCG